AUGGAUUCUCUACAGCCUGGCCUGAGAAUAUUUGAAAUUCCAGAAACCCUGGACUGGAGAAGCUUAUUGAGGCCGCCAGGAGCAGAAUGUGUGAAUUAUUUGGACGCCUCGGAGGCGGAUGACCCGGAAGCGUGGAGCGAAGGCGAUGUGUUGAGCGCUUUGGAGGUGUUAAGCCAGUCUAAUUUCAAAAACAUCGGAGAUUGCCUGAACAUACUGAGUCCAGAGCUGUUUAACGUGAUUUUUAACCUAAACAGAUACUACGCCAACCUGGAGAAGCAGAAUCAGAUACUGCUAUGCCAGUUUAUAUCGUCGCUGUGUACGAAAGUACAAGUACUGCUGGAGGCGAUUCCGCCGAAGCCAUACUCAAGCAGGAAGGAAGCCUCGGAUAAUGUGAUAUACGAAGAGUUUAUUGAUAAAAUGGCCUCACUAAUGGCCAGUGUGACGUAUAUAGAGGACGUGGAUGAGAAUAUGACAGAGACCAUAGAGCAGAGAUCAGAAGAAGUCGUGGUUUCUCCGAAAAGUUUGGGACUGGUGCUGAGGUCGCUGAUCAACGUGAGCGUCUUUCUGCUGGGAAUGUGUUACAACUUUGUAACAACCUUCGAAAAGAGCGAAGGGAACGCAACCUUUGAGCUGAGUAAAGAAAAGGCGAAAAGGAGUAAAAAAUCAAAAAGGGAUGAAAAGGGCUCUAAAAUAAACGCGAUGGCAAUAGAAGCGUUGAUAGACGGGAUGAUGACGUGCUGUAAGUAUAACCUGAAGAUACCGUACCUGUCGGACUACGGAGGAGGAAGCAGGCCGUCGGUGCCGAUGCUGAGGAUGCUCUUCCAGACGCUAAUAAGCACAAUAUCGCUGGACGAGGCAGUGCACACAGUGUCAAACACGAUGUUGCACUCGAUCGCAAGAAUAAUAAAAAUAAUAUUCUCGACGAUGCAAAGCAGUAGAGUUAAUCACACGUAUAACAGUGAGGCGCAAUCUCCAGUAGGAUCAGGUGCCAUAGAAAUUCAAGACUCUGAUGAAGGGCAUUCGGAGUAUGAAGAUAGUAGCGGCAAUUCGGCAUAUAGUCAACCGGACAACGGGUCGAGCUCAAACGCAAGUGCGAUGGAGGAAAUGGACGUGGACAAGUUGAUAGAGAGCGACUACGAGCACGAGUGGAUGUCGAUGCUGAUCGACGAAAUGAAGAAGCAGCACUGCCACGUGAUAGUGGACGUGCUGGACCUGCUGAAGGACAGCAACAUACCGAACAUAGUGGUGAACGAGCUCUUCAUGAACAUCAAGGAGAACUACUCUGCACAAGUAUCGAACACGAACCAGCUGGUGAGUUCACAGGUGCAAAACGAGUUCACGAACAUAGGGCUCUUCUUUGAAAAAAUGGCAAAAAAGGUGCCCUGCGUAGUGCUCUCGAACAUAAGUCAGCUGAAGCAGCUGUUCGACGUGCCAUGUUACGCACUGAGGAAGUCGAUCAUGGAGUCGAUAAAGCAGCUCAUCAUACUGUCGAAGUACUACGACGGACCAGGAGCAGAUGAAGCAGCUCUGGAAAUGGAAGUGGACAAGAUGAUGGACCAGGAAAGUAGUUUUGAAAGCGGGCGGGUGAGCAAGGAUAGCGAAAAGUAUAAGAUGAAGGUGAGUAAGCUCUGCUGCAGAAACAGAGAGAUGCUGCUGGAGACGAUAAUAUCGAGGCAGUUUGACACGUACAUGUACGCGAGAGCGGCAGUGAUGAAGGUGCUGCACGACCUGGUGGAGGCGGACGCGCUGCCGGUGAGGAAGUAUAGUCUGGUGGUGUCCUUUGCAACGGCGAGGCUGAUGGACAAGGGCUCGCAGGUGAGGCAGAGAGCACUGUCGCUGGUGUCGUUGAUAGUGGACGUGGUGACAAACUCAAAGUUCCUGCUCGCCCUGGACACGGGUAAGUUGACGCACGAGUUGAGGAUAAUAGAGAGUAACACGAAGAAGGUUAACUACCUGCUGUCGCAGCACACGAUGAGAAGGUACAGCUUUAACACGUCGAAGGAGACCUCGCCGAGGAGGUCGGAAAGCAGGUCAAGAGCAAGCACGCCCAAAAGAUCCAGGGACACGUCGACAGAAAGCACGCCCAUAAGAAGCACGUCGAGAGAAAGCACACCCAAAAGAUCUAGGGACAAGGACAGAAUAGACUCAGCCAGGGGCUCGAACAAGAGCAUCUCGUCGAGAAGCGCAUCGAGGCAGGAAAGCGUCGAGUUCGUGGAUGUCGUGGAGUACGACUACGACGAAGUGCUGGCGGAGCUGAAGAGCGACUUCGGAAGCAAGGUGCUGGACAACCUGGACGAGCUCUACAGUAAGCUGGAGCUGGCGAAGGAGCUGUACACAGACGCACUGGAGAUAUCGGAGAGAGUGGACGUGUGUCUGGAGCUGUGCAAAAGACUGCUGAGGUCGCCCACGGAGACCGACCAGAAGGCGUCGAUCAAGUUCGUGUGCUCCUGCCACCUGCUGGGACUGCAGAAGGCGACUCAGAUGCUCCCGCUGGUGUGGGCGCUCUCGUGGUCUAACAACCAGAGCGUGGUGGAGUCGGUGUUGCUGGAGUUCAAAAACGUGUACUUCCAGAGUCAGCAGAGCAGCCUGCACCAGACGUGCAACAUGCUUAUCGACCUGAUCAACACGGGGGACCUGACGUGCCUGUCGUCGGUCGAGAAGAUAUUCCAGAUAAACCAGAACAAGCAGCAGCUGCUGAACAUUAACCUGAACAAGUUGAUACCGCUGCUGAUACAAAUAGCGACGACGAACAGCAUAGAAGCAGGAAGGGCACCGAAGCAGGAAAGAGGAAGGCGAGGCUCCAGCAGUGACCUGGUAAGAUGCAAAACGGCCCUGAAUCUGAUAAAAAUCAUACUGUCGUCUAGUCAGAACGCAUACAGCUCAGGAGAAAACAAGGAAUUGUCAAACGCAGUUGAAAAUGAGCCAGGAAAACAAAGUAGAAGAGUGUCAUUUGAGAAGUAUGACUGGGACAUGGGAAUAUUCAGCGGCUUGCUGAGCAGGUACAACGAGGAGGUGCUGUUGGAGGUGUGUCAAAUACUGAUCUACGUGAGCGACGAGGGCGGGUUAAAGGAGUUUGUACAGAAAAUACUUAAGAUGUUCCUGGACUACUUCGGAACGAACAAUUUUAACUGGUUUCAGAUAAGUCAGAUCGUGAUAGACCUGACCUUCGUGCAUCUGAGCAACCCGCUGAGCAUAUGGUCCAGCAUAAUAAAGGAGUUGCUGCUACAGCUGACGUCGGAGCAUAUUGAUGGCUACCAUCUCAACGGUAGUGAUGGUAACCAUGUUAACGGCAGUGAUACCAACCACAUGAGUAGUAAAAACAAAACUGAUGUUAGAAAGUUAUCGCAUUUGGUGUUUAUAGCAGGGCACGUGGCAAUCAGAAGCAUGAUAUACGUGGAAAGGGUGCAAAACGACCUGAAGGUAGCGAGGUCGCAGUUGAACGAAGAUGAGUUGGAAAAUAACAUGGGUAUGGCGACUAAGGAUGAAAAGGACAGGGAGUUCUUCGACAACAUAAUAGAAAACAAGCUGGUGAAUGACAACUUACUGGGAGGACCAAUGUUUCAAAUAAUAAUGAACACGCUCGUGAAUCCGCAGAAAUUUGUGCACCCAAGCGGGACGGAGGGCUCAGUGAACUACUUCGAUCACCUGUACGGGAAGACCACGGAAAGCUUUGAUGACAAGGAAACCAGGCCAGUGCACAGCUGCCUCGAGUGUAACAUACUGUUUAUCUGCAGCGUAAUCAGCAUAUGUAAGUUCGCGACGAUAUCGAAGAAAUUUUGCAACAUAAAGUUCAAAGAGAGGACAAUAGUACAAAUAAUAAUAACACUGUUGGUAUCGACGGCAGAUUGGGGUACACAAAUAGGUAACAAUGUAACUCAGAAUAGCAAUCUCAGCGGAAACAAAAGGGAUAUACUUAAUAUCCUAAAGUGUAAUCUGCUCAUAUGCUACGGAGACCUGCUGGUGAGGCACCCGAACGUCCUGGAGCCGAUGAAUGACUAUGUGUUUAAGCUCCUAUCGUACCCGGUUAACGAAGUGAGAGAGACUGCAAUACUGGUGUUCUCCCACCUGGUGAUGAACGACAUGAUUAAGCCGAAGGGGAGGCUGCUGGACAACAUAAUGUUCCUGACGCAGGACACGAACGAGAAGAUCGCAAACUACGCAAGAGUGUUCCUGAAUGAAAUACACAGAAAAAACCCGAACACGAUCUACAACUGCUUCCCAGAGAUGCUAUCGACACUGUCACAGCCGUCGAGUUUGUACUACAACAUAACGAACAGAGUAGAGGGAGACGGCGUAGACGGAGAAAUCGGAGAGAACAGCGACUUCCACGGAAUAAAAACGAACCUGAAGAUACUGAACGAAGUGUUCAACUUCGUUAAAAACGAUAAGCAGGAGCACCUGGUGGAGAAGAUAUGCCUGAGGCUGAACAAGGCGAAAACGAUAUUCGCAACGGCAAUCUACAUAAACGCACUGCUGCUGAUCAACUACGACGAGAAAAAUAUAGUGAAGCUCUCAAAGUCGCUGAACAUGCUGAGGCAGCUGCUCUCGGAGUCGCAGCCACUGCUUGCGGCGCUGUGGAUAAUCCACAAGAGAAUCAAGUCGAGCAAGGUGCAAAAGGUCCAGGGCCAGGUGGACAUAAAGGAGGUGUCGGAGGAGAUGAUCAACAAGGUGAGAAACAUGCUCGGGCAGGGGAAGGCGACGAUGCUCAUAAGGGCCUCGCAGUUCUCAGAGCAGAUAAUAGAACUGCUGAACAGCGGAAACUACACGAGCGCAAACCUGAGGACGCUCUUCGACAGGGAGAAGCAGAAGGAGAGCCUGCUGAGGGUGAAGAAGGAGGACGAAGACGAUCUCUCGAGCAACACGGCAGACUACGAGUCAAACAACGAAGCUUACGAGAUGGUUAGAGGCGACUACUCUGAAAACUGGCGCGACCAGUCGUAUCCGGACAGCCAGCAGGCAUUCAGCAACGAUGAUACGUCGAACGUGAACACGCAGGACCAAUUCAGAGAGCAGAUGAGCAAUAGCAGGGGAAAAAAGAGGCCGGGCAGGAAGAGAAACGCACCAAGGAAAAAAACAAGAGCAAUAGUGGAGAGUGACACUGAUAGUGAAGAAUACGAAGGGCGAGAACAGGGAGGAUUUGAGGAGAUCGUGGAGGAGUACACACAAAAACCGAAAAGAGCAACCAGAGGGAAAAAGAAGAAGAACAACGAUGAAUAUCUAUUCGACUCGAGCGAAAACGAAGAUUUUGGAGAGGAAAGCCCGGAAUCGGAGGAAGAUACGGAACAUAAAAGUGGAAAGCGAAAGUCAAAUAGGGGGAGAAAGAAGCGUGCAAACAAAUAA